AUGGCUUACAAUUUGUCAGAAGGAUCACUCGAGGUGAUUAUGAACGGUGGGCACUAUGACAAGCCGGUUAUGCAGGUGUUAGGGAGCAAAAAGAUUCAAGGAAGUGGAGCAAAUGAACGGUUUCGGCUACUCGUGUCGGAUGGCAAGCAUUCUCAUAGUUUUGCAAUGCUUGCAACACAACUUAAUGAUAAACUCAUAACUGGAGAAUUAUCUGAUUAUUCCGUUGUUCAGAUUGACAGAUUUGUCACUUCAAUUUUAAAAAACACGGGCAAGGGUGAAAAGCGAGUGAUGAUAAUUCUAGAUAUAACCAUAAUAGCACCAGGAACACAGGUAGGAAAAAAACUUGGUAACCCAAGUACAUGGACAGAAGAAUCCGCACAAUCAGCACCUGCCCAGGUGCCAGUAGCAAAACCAGCACCAAUGCCUGCUAGACCUAUGGCUAAUCACAGUGCAGCUCCAGCACUGGAUAGCAGUAUGCUCAGUUCACAAAUGACACAUCCUAUUGCUAGUUUGAGUCCAUAUCAGAAUAAGUGGGUGAUUAAAGCUCGUGUAAUGACUAAAAGUGCAAUCCGUACCUGGAGUAAUGCAAAGGGCGAAGGUAAAUUAUUUAGUAUGGAUUUAUGUGAUGAGAGUGGAGAGAUACGAGCAACAGCUUUCCGUAAUGAGUGUGACAGGUUCUACGAUAUGAUACAGGUGGACAAAGUAUACUACAUAAGCCGUUGUCAACUGAAAACAGCAAAUAAGCAGUAUACAAGUAUUAAGAAUGACUAUGAGAUGACAUUAACUCCAGAUACUGUAAUAGCUGAGUGUAUGGAGGAUGCAUCUUGUGUUCCCACCAUUAAAUAUGAAUUUUUACCAAUCAGUGAAAUUGCUAAUAAGGGUGUGGAUACUAUCCUUGAUACUAUUGGUGUGUGCAAAAUGGCAUCAGAUUUGCAAGAGCUUACUGCACGCAGUACAGGAAAGCAACUAAAGAAGAGAGAAGUCACUCUAGUUGAUUCGUCAGGUGGAGCUAUUGCAUUAACUUUAUGGGGUAAAGAAGCUGAAUCGUUUGAUGGAAAUGCCAAUCCUGUGAUUGCUGCUAAGGGUGCUCGGCUAACUGAAUUCAAUGGAAGUAAAUCACUCUCAUGCUUAGCAAGUACAAUGCUACGACUCAACCCUGAUUUGCCAGAAGCACACAAGCUAAGAGGAUGGUAUGAUAACGGAGGAGCAGAUAUGGAUGUUGUUAAUAUAUCAGCUAGAGCUGGUGGUUAUGCUGGUGGAAGCAGCGACUGGAUAACAUUCUCCGAAGCCGAAGAAAAGCAACUAGGCUCUGGCAAUAAAGGGGAUUAUUACUCGCUCCUUGGCGUCCUGACGUUCACAUUCGCUGAUAAUGCAGUAUACAAGGCCUGUCCACAAGAACAGUGCAACAAGAAACUAGUGGACCAAGAAAAUGGAUUGUUCCGCUGCGAGAAGUGUAAUAGGGAAUACCCUAAUUACAAGUAUAGGUUGCUACUAGGGGCAAAUGUAUCAGACCCCACAGGAGACCAGCGCAUUACCGCUUUCAGCGAAGCGGCUGAAGCGAUGUUGGGCAAGAAUUCAGCGGACAUCGGAAGACUGUUUGAAUACGACAAGGCGGCGUACGCGCAGCUUUUUGAAGAUGUUAAAUUUAGGACGUUCGUAUUUAAGUUUCGCACCAAGAUGGAGGUCUACAGCGAUGAAGCUCGUCUGAAAACUACCGUCAUGAGUGCCACACCAGUUGAUUACAAAGAAGCAAAUGCAAGGUUUAUCAAGAACAUUAAGGCGUUGAGUGGGGUGGAAAUUUAG